AUGGUAUCAACACGAAGAAGCCAACCCCCUGAAACUCGCGAACCUGGGACACCAGCCGAAAACCUACCUGAAGAACAAACCCAAGUUCGCGAAGAGACAACCAACCUUGACACCUCAUCUCUCUCAACUGUCAAUGAAACAAGCACCGCAAACUCAGAGAGAGAGUCUACCCCAACACCAAAAGACAAAAUCCAACAGCUUCGCGAGGAGACCAAACUACUAAAGAAAAUGGUGAAAUGGCAAGAGAAGUUGAAUGCUCUCCAGAACACCCAAAAGCACUUGCGAAGUGAAUCCCUUGAUAUGGCCAUCUCCAACCCAACACCCGCGAAGUGUCUGUCGAUCUUGAGACCACCACAACACACAAAGCGCUACCAGACUGGAACCUACACAGAAUAUCACCAGUUCACCUCAGAUAUUGAAUCCAUUCGCGACGCAAGCAAACUGAAUGAUGAGGAUACCCUCGCGUAUGCCCUCACAGGACUUGGUUAUAUUGAGAAAGACCUUUGGGAGGCCCACCGCGAAGGCAAUCCAUCAAAAAACAACUGGACUGGCCUUAAAGAAUUUCUACGCGCAAGGCUAGGAGACCCAGCAAACCGCACGCGAAACUCUUGGCAAGCAAUCUUUGGCCUUUGCAAAAGUUUGGAUGAAACUGAUUAUGCCUAUCACCAACAAUUCCUAGAGCUCACAACAGAGAUUGGCGAAGAAUUUGAAGAUUCCACAAAAAUGAAGAAGAACCUGUUUAUAUGGGGCUUGGAUAAGCUCAUGCGAACUAAACUGGAUGAACAGCUGGAGAUACCAGAUGACAUUGAUGACAUAGUAGCACUGGCCACCUGGCUCUGACCAAGUGUGUCAGUAGCCUAUGCAAAGAAUGCCUCACACGCGAAGUCUACCAAUCCAGUUGGAAGUGCUCACAGAGGUAUGAAGACCAAUGACUCAAGGCCGCGAGUGGAUAAGAGGAGUCAACCCCAGAGGCCUGCUCAGAAGAUGGGAAAGGACCUUACCAAGGAUCACAAAGCCUUGAAAAAGGAUGGGAGGUGCUUUGAGUGUGGCCAAAAGGGCCACCUCGCGAAAGACUGUCCCAAGAAGAAGAAGGGUAGUGAAUAGGAAGUUGGGGGGCCGCA